UGUUAACUUCUCAAGAACAACUCUGCUCUGUGGAGUUUGUUACUGUAAUACGUGACACCCUUAUCUUCUGCCUCCCCCAUUCCCUUUUGACUUGUCCAUCUAAUUGUUAUUAGACCAUAAUAGAAAAAGCAUAAAGUGAUCUAUGUCACCAGGAAACCAUGUAUGGUUUAAUGCAUAUCUGGUAUUUAAAAGAUUUAUUAACAUGAAGUGCCAUGGCUGCAAAUCACAGAAUAUAUGACUGACAUCAUCUCUUGGUCUUUAGCCCCGAAUUUAAUUAUAAGUCUCGAUAAUUCAGUAAAAUUUAUUCGAAGAAAACACUGAAUGAAGAACAGAUACUUUAGCCAGUAUCAUAUAACGCACUGAACAGAGUAGACACAAAAACAAGCAAACUGGAAGUGUAAAAGAAUCUGCCCGCACAUAAAAUAAACUAGCGUAGGAUGACUGCAAUUUGUGGCAUGAAUAUAUUAUCAUUUGUACGGUAAUUCUGUGCCAAAACCUGGGUAUAAAAAUGGCUCCCUUCAAUCGACUGCCAGAGGCACAAACUAGAUUCCCAUCAGACAUAAUGGCUACUAGUCCAAUGACCUGGAUCUAACUCAUGUGGAAUAAUGCACAGUCUGUUAAGGUAUCCAUCUUCUUCCUGUUUGUUCUAAUAUGUCUCUAAACUCUAAAUCAGGACUCUGAAAAUAGCAGUCUAGCAGUCUAGCUGCCUUUCUUGGCAAACAGCCCACUUGUCCUCCCUCUCUUUUCCUUACUACCACAUUACCACAGAAAACUGAAGCCACCGACACGCCUCUCACAGACUUGUCAGACUCUCUUUCAUUCAGUGUGCCAGACAGUCACAAACACACACCACAUGCCAGUGUGUUCUUAACACAGUACCACUCAAGCAUCACUUCAAAUACUGAACAAGAAUUAUUUUAAGAGUGAUCACUGCAUUUUGCAAUACGUGUUAACUUCAUUACUUUUACUGCUCAAUUUUCUACAAUGAAUGGGUUGAAUACUAUUUAAGGACCCGCUAUCUCCGCAAAGGAUGUGUUAAUAAUUAGUCAGUGCACCAAACAUUCAAACUAGUGAUUCAGUACUGCUAACCUUCACACUACAGUGAUGUAACAAAACAGUUUUAUCAUCUUUUGUUAUUAUACAUGUGUAAAUCAUCAGUUGUAAGUGUUUUCAGCAUGUGGCUCUUGGUGUUGCUCUUACUUACAGUGAACUAUAGUGCAGGUCUCAAUGAAGAAGACAUGAAGAAAAUAUACGUGUGUCCAUCAGACUUUGUCCGUAACGGUAACAGUUGCUACUACUUCAGUACUCACAUGGCAACAUGGCAAGGGGCUCACUUUGCAUGUAAAGAUAAGGACAGCGAGCUGGCAAGGAUGGAAAAAGGCUGGGAAGAUCGAAACAUGAGAAGUUACCUCAAUAAACCAGAGUUAGCUCGUUUAGAACGCUGGAUUGGAGGAAUAUACAACUGGGAGACCAAACGAUGGGUUUGGGGAGCAACAGGACGCCGUCUUAGUUACCAGGGAUUUUCUCGCCGUUCACCAUCUGAAGAUCCAACUUGGCACUGUAUUGUUAUGGAUCCAAUCAUGAUGUACAAAUGGGGAACAAGGAGCUGUGUUCAUCGCAAACAUUAUAUCUGUGAAAAGCCUUUGCAGAUGGUCAUGGUGCCAGAAGACAACACACUGGGGCAACAUUCUGAGAGGCGCUCAAACAGAAGACGUAGGCUGCGCUUACAAAACGUUCGCCAGUAAAACACCACUUGGAUGUUCAAAAACGUAAAAUAAGUACAUGACGACAUUCAAUUCUGGGUGCUUCACACCGUGCUGGGAAAUCUUGAGGAACACUUUUAUGGAACCAGAUAAGAACAAUUACAAGUUUUAGUAUGUAAUCAUAAUAAUUCAUCAAUGACACUACACACACUGGUUCGUUCAUCGAUAGUUUUAUUAAGCAUGUGUAAGGUCUCCCCCCCUUCAUAUGUCUACACUCUUAUAGGACAAGGAUUUGCAGGUAUAUACAUAUUUAUGGCCUUGCGUAGUUUUGUUCCCCCUUUCCACGAGGCAAAAUUCUGUCCUGUGCUGUAAUGCGUCUCUGACAAAUCAGUGUGUGUUACAGGCAAAGAAGGUUUGUGGAAUACCGUAUUAUAGUGACAACAUAAAACAGUACACUCUUUGGUUGUAAGUUGCCAGCGACCUACAUUACUGAAGAUGACAAGAUAGCAAAAGAUGCCCCUACGUUUAUUACAAGUAAGUGCCAGCAAAGGAAACAAAUUCAAGCUUCUCUUUGUUUGAUCACUUGAAUUUGUUCAUGAAUCUAUCCAAUUCAAACUGAAAUCAAUUUAAUGGUACCAACAUAAAAGUGAAGUUCCCAUUCACACACAAAUUCCGGCUGUAAAGAAAAAACAUGUGAAUUUCUUUCUGAUGAUUUUCAUCCGAUCAAGAGACCCACAAAUUGACAAUCACUACAGUCAGAUCAGUGGUACAAAAAAGUCAUCCCUUAUUAAAAUAAGCCACAGAGGGUGUGUUUAUUCAUUCAUGUUCACAUUGAGUAAUGUAAAAUGGAAACUAUUCUUUGGUCCCAUGCAACAAACGUCAGUUGUAUCUAGCAAGCUUGUGACUUAUGAAGAACCAUACCAUGUACUUAUUACAGAUAAUGUAAUGGGCUUUCGUCCUAAGUAUAAGAAAAUGUUCGUUCUCAUCAUAAUCAAACAUGAAACUGUCAAUAAUGCUGUAAAUGUGAGAGAGAAUCCUGUUUCUAAUGAAAAAAUAUCGCUGACAAACAGAAAUUCUUCUCAAAUCAAAAUGAGAAAUAAAAUUAUCAAGUUGAA